CAAUAAAAAAGAUAUUUCAACUGCCUCAUAAAACGAAGCAAAUUUAGAGGCAAGAAGAUUCAUUACGACCAAAUCCUCAUAUAUAAGCACAAUUACAUAACCACACUUGCUUCUCAACGUUUAACCGUGAAUCAUCGUAGUGACUUCAACUAGUUGUAGCCUACAGCAGGUGUACUUGUGUCUCUAGGUGGGGUCCACACUUAACAGCCGUCUCUGUCGGAUUCUGCCAUUUCAGUCCUGAAUUCCUUGAUUCGUAUUGAAUGUUGUUAUGUUCAUGCAUAGAGAAGCGUGCCUUCGUGUAACUACCAAAAGUUGACUUCGUUUUCAUUGAUUGCUUUGUUGUGAUUUAUUGCGAUCGUAUUGGUUAUUUGAAUUAGAAAUUAAGGUUGAGAAAAUCGAGGGGCUGGCUUUAACUCAGUAUAUAGAGGAGGAGGAUGGGGGGGAAGAGGCUGUCUCUUUGCUACAGCAACAGGAGGUCCCAAUGGAACAAGGGCCUCAAGAUUCCGGCACCGGGGAUCGGAAUGAUAAUGAUUCCAGUACUAAUUAUGUGAGCAUUGAGAUUCCGGACACGGCCCAUCAGAUUAGUCAAGAGCUCCCUAAAAGAGGUUUAAGUCAGGAAGCUUAUCAAACUGAAUAUCAGCUUCUUGUCAUUGGAUGGGCCCUGGUAUAAGUGCUUAUGUGUUAGGAUACUCUGGUGCGGUCAUGGUUCCUCUUGGUUGGAUUGGUGGGGUUGUUGGUCUAAUUGCAGCCACAGCCAUAUCAUUGUAUGCCAAUGCUCUCAUCGCCAAACUUCAUGAAUACGGGGGAAAGAGACAUAUUAGGUACAGGGACCUUGCAGGAUUUGUAUAUGGUAAAAAAGCUUAUUCACUUACUUGGGCUUUGCAAUAUGUGAAUCUUUUCAUGAUUAAUGUUGGUUAUAUCAUCUUGGCUGGUCAGGCUCUAAAAGCUGUUUACGUCCUCUAUACACAUGACCACAUCAUGAAACUUUCAUACUUCAUUGCAAUAACUGGGUUUGUGUGUGGCUUGUUUGCAAUAUCAAUCCCAAAUCUAUCAGCUCUGAGGUUCUCACUGGGAUUGUCUACAGUUUUCAGCCUGAUAUACAUUGUUGUAGCAAUUGUACUGUCUGUUCGAGAUGGAAUCAGGGCUCCACCAAGGGACUAUAGCAUUCCAGGAACAGACACAAGCAAGAUAUUCACAACAAUAGGUGCAAUGGCAAGUCUUGUAUUUGCUUUCAAUACAGGAAUGCUCCCUGAAAUACAGGCCACUGUGAAACAGCCUGCUGUCAAGAACAUGAUGAAAGGCCUUUAUUUUCAAUUCUCUAUAGGGGUUUUGCCAUUGUAUGCUGUUGCAUUCACUGGUUACUGGGCCUAUGGAUCCAGCGCAUCAUCCUAUUUACUCAAUAAUGUUGGCGGUCCAGUUUGGGUGAAGACUGUAGCUAAUCUCGCAGCAUUUUUGCAAACUGUCAUCGCAUUGCAUAUAUUUGCCAGUCCCAUGUACGAGUAUUUAGAUACAAAAUACGGUAUUAAAGGAAGUGCAUUGGCGGCUCGCAAUUUGUCAUUUCGAAUUGGUGUAAGAGGGGGUUACAUAGCUUUAACCACACUUAUAUCAGCUAUACUGCCAUUUAUCGGAGACUUUAUGAGCCUCACAGGAGCUAUCAGCACAUUCCCUUUGACAUUUAUCCUUGCAAAUCACAUGUAUUUAGUAGCUAAGAGGAAGAAACUAAGUUCUGUAUCAAAGGUUUGGCACUGGGUUAAUGUCAUUCUCUUUAGCUGUUUGGCUGUUGCAGCAGCAGUUUCUGCCGUGAGGCUAAUUGUUGUGGACUCCAAAGCAUACCAUGUGUUUGCUGAUUUAUAGGGAGAUUGAAUUUCUUUAUGAUAUUGCAUCCAUGUAAAAGUACCAAUUCAUUAUUGAACUUGAACCUUCAGCUUUGAGGAGAAAGCUAGCUUUUCAAUAUAAUAGCAGCAAGGUCUUGACAUAAA